UCCAUAGCUGAUGUAUGUUUUUUCUUCUUCUUUCUUUUUUUCUGUAUCUUCUGUUAUUUUUUUAGUUCGGGCUUAGCUAAUAAGUUUUCAGUUACGUGAGUUGUGUUUGGGAAAUUUGCUUCGAGAUUUGGAAGACAUUCAUACGGUUUUCCGGCGACAUAUCGAGGAAGAGUGCGAAAUAUGUGCAGGAAAUGGAUUCUAUUGUGAAAUGUGUGAUGAUCAGGAUAAACGUGACGAGGUGAUUUUUCCGUUCUCGGAAAAUGUGGCAAUGUGUCAGAAGUGUCUGGCUGUGUUCCAUGCAAAAUGUUUUGAUAAAAGAAGCAGCAAGUGCCCAAGAUGUGAGAGACGUCAGAGACGGAAUUCGCAGCGAUUUACUGAUGAUGAGUAA